AUGCAUAGGCCGUGGGGGAAAUGGGCGGCGGAGAUUCAUGGUCCUCACAAAGUGACGAGAGUGUGGCUUGACACCUUCGACACCGUUGAGGCUGUUGCCAGAGCCUACGAUGAGGCCGCAUUAAGGUUCAAAGGUAAUAGAGCCAAACUCAACUUCCCCGAAAACGUUACCACGGUUCGACCUCCUCACCUUCCCAAUUUUUCGGCCACCUCAUUCUUGGGCUUCGGUGAUGUUCCAGCGGUGACUGGUUAUUCUCCGACAGUGAUGCAGGGGGCGCCGUUUCAGAGCUCCCAUGAUUUGCUUAGAGACUAUUGGGGAUAUUCUCAGCUUCUGUGGAGCAUAGGGGAGUUCCAUGGACUCGAUUAG